GCCUCGUCUCCAUCGCGCACUCGCAUUCGACGACCCAAGAAAAGGAAAAAAAAAGAAAAACAAUCCUCCACGCCUUCGAGCGCAGCAGGAACCAGCUUAGCUAGACUAGCCAUGGACGCCGCCGGAGCCGGAGCGGGUGGGAAGCUGAAGAAGGGAGCCGCCGGGAGGAAGGCCGGUGGGCCGAGGAAGAAGGCGGUGUCGCGCUCCGUCAAGGCCGGGCUCCAGUUCCCCGUCGGCCGUAUCGGCCGCUACCUCAAGAAGGGCCGCUACGCGCAGCGCAUCGGCACCGGCGCCCCCGUCUACCUCGCCGCCGUCCUCGAGUACCUCGCCGCCGAGGUGCUGGAGCUCGCCGGGAACGCGGCCAGGGACAACAAGAAGAACAGGAUCAUCCCGCGCCACGUGCUGCUGGCGAUCAGGAACGACGAGGAGCUCGGCAAGCUGCUGGCCGGCGUGACCAUCGCGCACGGAGGCGUGCUGCCCAACAUCAACCCGGUGCUGCUGCCCAAGAAGACGGCGGAGAAGGCCGCCGCCGCCGGCAAGGAGGCCAAGUCGCCCAAGAAGGCGGCCGGCAAGUCCCCCAAGAAGGCCUAGACGUCGGCGCCUCGCUUUGCUUGUUUAGCUGGAGUAGAUUGGACGGGAUGUGUGUCUGUUAGUAGUCUGCUGAUGCUGUUGAUCUAAUCUAUAGUGGUGUCGUUGAACCUUGUGUCUGUUCAAGAAGAUAAAUCUAAGAUAUGUUAAAUUUUUCUUCAGAGAUGUU